GUUUGAAAUACCUAUGAGUAAAGACCAAGAGAACCAGCCUCCUAAGAAUGAAGCUGAAAAACAUGAUGAAAUAGCAGUCCCUCAGGAAUCCAAGAAUGAAGUAGGCCAGGAUGAUAUAGAUGAACCAUCCAAGCCUAAUAUCCAACAAGAUCAGGAAGACAAAUAAAAAUAAUGAAAAUGAAAUCCCUGUUGAAAAUGACAACAAAAUUAAACAUGACCCUCCUACAUACCAUUAUGAGAAGAUUCCUUUAAAACCGAAAAUUGCUAAAGAAAAAUCUAAGCCUAAAGGGAAAGGUAAACCAAUAAUUGCUUCAAGUAUUUAUCAAGCUAAAAAUAAUCCAACUCUUGGUCGUAACAAAGCUAAGUCUAAGAGAAGUGAUAUAAACAAGAGUAACAAAAGUAAUAUCUCUAAAAAGAAAGGGAGCACUGCAUCUAAAGCAUCUAAAACUUCAAAAAAAUCUGAAGCCCAAAAGCAGCCUCCUACUCCUUCUCAAGACCAGCAGCCUGGAGAGAUGCCACAAGAAAAUCAUGAAGAGGAAAGUGAGCGCCAAGAGCAGCUAGAUGAGCCAAAAUCACAAAUAAAUGAAGUUAUGCACAGCACGUUUCUUAACAACAACGAACAAAUUAUUGCAGACCUCGCAAAUCUAGAGAUACACCAAGAAAGACAAAUUUUUAGGAUAAUUUUUGAUACUUUCAAAGCAAACCCAGGAGUAGUAGAGUUUGAUGACCUUACUGUCCUCGGAAAGGCUCUUGGCAAAGAAAAAGAUGAAGUAGAUGAUCUAUGCCACCAGAUUCAUGAUAACUUUGAAGGGUUCCUAGAUUUCAGCCAAUUCUGAGAACUUCUUCCUAACCUAGACCCUUCGUUUAAACCUAAAGAACCUCAGGAACAACUUUCUGAAGGAGGUCUAGAGGAAGAAAAGAAAUUGGAGGAAGUAGUUGUAAACAAGCAAAAUCCUGACUUCGAAAAUAUUGAAAAUGAAGGAAAACAAGAAAUUAAUCAGGAUAUCCCACCUCAAGAAAUUCCUCAACAGCCCGGCUCCGAAAUUGAUAAGAAAGCUGAAGCCAAAAUCCAGAACUUACAGCCUACAGAAUUAGGUGAAUACAAAGAUAAUGCAAUUGUUCCUAGUAACGGGGUUGCCCUCACACCUGACUCUAGAGUGAUUAAGCUGAUUAAGCAGUUAAAUACUUACUUUAGAAAUUGUGAGAAACAGAAAGAAUUUGGAGAAGCAAAAAUUGUUAAGAAAAAGUUAGAAACUUUGAAAAAGAAAGAGCUUAAAAGACAAAAAGAUUACCUGAGAGCUAACCAAGAGAAAGAGUUGAUAUCAAUAGAGAAUAGCCAGAAGAUUCAAUUCUUUGAGUUCUCUCAAGCAUGGGACACCUUCAUGGCUGAUUACGAAUCUACAGCUUAUCUCAGCCUGGAAAAAUUGAAAGAGAGACAUUCUAAAGAAAUGGCAGAGCUUCAGAAAGAUCUUGCUGAUAAACUCAACAAAAACUUAAAAUUCUCCAAAAAGGUAUAUGACCUUAGAAGAAGAGUUGAGGCUCUUAUCAACAUGAGAAAUUACGAAGAAGCUGAUAAGUACAAAAUGUUUCUAAUCAAGUUGGAAAAUGAAGAAAGAGUAAAAAAAAGCAAGGAACUAAGGAAGGACACAUUAAAGAAAGAGAAGAAGCUUAAAAACCUCCAUCAGCAACAAAUGGCAGCUCUACUUAAGAGAAUCCAAAGAGAUAGAAAUGAGCAGCUCAAGCACAGACAAAAGGACUCUCAGAAAUUAAUCCAAAGGAAUAGGAAUAUCUUAGUUGAUUUAUUGAACAAGCAAAGUACUGAAGCCAGAAGAACAAGUCAGUUUGUCCAAUACACCUUAGGAUCAACUGAUGAAGGACCUAAGAAAUAUUACCAAGCAAAGAUUCAUUAUGCUCCUUUUGUGCAUAAGUACAAACAUUGUCAGACCUUAAAUGCUAGUAAGGGUGCUAAGAAAGCGUCUAAGACGACCACGAAUUGGAAUAAGACUCCUAAAGCCAAAGAUACCUUAGAAGAGCCAGGCUCUAUCUCAGGUACAGACCCAGAAGCAGAAGGAGAUGAGGAAGCAAUCAAAUUGCCUUUACUCAAGUAA